AUGCCUCAGGUCUUCAGGAGAAGCAUUGCUCUAGUGGAGUACCCGGAUCUGGCAAAGUACCACCCCAAGCCAGACUUCGAGAUCCGCUACUUAAACAAGAAGGCUCCCAAGAAAAGCAAGAAAGCCCGUGCUGCCGAUGCAGAAGCAGAUGGUCCUGAAGACAAAGACCGACCCGUCCCUUUGGCCGAUGACAUUGCAGCUGUGGACAACAAGGGGCUGGCUUUGAUGCUGCCUGCAUCUGCCGAUGUCGGACGAGAAGCAGUGCUGCCUGAGUGGCCACACGAUGCCCAGCCUGCCUUUGGGCAAUCUUUCUCAAGCUCAUCUUCGCAGCUGUGCUUGGACAAUGAGGUUGCUGAGCCCGAGCCAAAGACCUCCAAUCCCAGAGUUCUUCUACGAGGCCUCGGCUCGGAGGCAGUUGCAGGGGCUUCGCCGGAGAUGGAUGCAUACAGCCGGCACAUAGAGCUGACGAAGACUUUGGUUCAGCAGGCUGCUCAAGAGCUUAAAGUGACUGCGAGUGAGCCGCUCACACGUGCUAUGCAGAAGUCGGUGUCCGAUGCUGCCAAGAGGCACUGGGCCAAGCGGCCUGCAGGAGAUGUCGAUUCAGAAGCAGCUGUGCCUGCUUCCAGGAACAGAGGCCGGGGAAAUGGCCGUGGAAGUGGUCGGGGAAAUGCCCGUGGAAAGGGUGGUCGGGGCAAGGGUCGGGGAAAGGGUGGUCGGGGCACUGGGCGGGGAAAGGGCAGGGGAAAGGGCGGUGGCAAGGCUCCGGGAAGGACCGGUGCUAAUCUACGCCGAUCUCUUUCCCGAUCUCUUUCUAUGAAACCCAAGGCGAGAGCUGCUGCUAAGCCGAAGGCAAGUGCAAAAACAAAGGCAAAGAAAAACCUUGCAGAGGCCGAGGUUCCAGCAUCGUUCGAGCACCCGGUGGACAGGCUUAAUGCAGAGCUUCGAGCUUUGGAACACGACAAAGGCCAAGAGUUCGACGCCAGCAGGAAUGUGUGGGGCAGGGUCUCGGAUGACCUGAGAUCGAAGCUUCGGCCUUUGGUGUACAAGCUAGAGCAAGGUUAUCAAGGGAUCCAGUGCCUCUACCAGGUCCGUCUUCUGCAGUCGCAUCCAGAGUGGAAUGCCGUGGAUCCCAACUUCCGUCGGGAGUACGAAAAGCUCCUGCACCAGUGGGACUGA